GUCAAAAACACCUCUCUUAUUUCUCUCUCUCUCUCUCUCUCUCUCUCUCUCUCUCUCUCCUAUUUUGCAUUUUUUGUUUGGAUUCGAAAUUCUCGUUUUUAUAAACACUGAAUCACUCAGUUCCGUCUUCAUCCCUCUCUCUCAUUCUCUCUCUCUCUCUCUUCUCAGUAUAUCACCAAUAUACUUUCUCUCUCCCUCUCCUCUCCCAGAGACCACAUUUUGAGUGCUCUGCUUUUCUCCCUUAAGCCUGCGAAAUGAAGAAGUUUGUGAUUACAUUGGAUCUGAUGGAUGAGAAGGACAAGCGCAAAGCGCUGAAGACCGUCGCUGCACUCCCAGGAAUCGAUGAGAUAUCGAUGGAUAUGAUGGGCAAGAAACUGACGGUUAUCGGAACAGUCGAUCCGGUGAGCGUAGUGAGCAAACUGCGCAAGUUUUGGCAAGCGGCCAGCAUUGUGUCCGUCGGGCCGGCGAAAGUAGAGCCGCCGCCGGAGAAGAAAGAGGAGGCGAAGAAGGAAGAGGCGGCGAAGAAGGAGGAGGGGAAGAAGGCGGAGGAGGGGAAGAAAGAGGAAGCACCCAAAGAGGAGGCAAAGAAAGAGGAGGGCAAGAAGGAGGAAGCGCCUAAAGAGGAAGGCAAAAAGGAAGAAGGGAAAAAGGAAGAAGGUAAGAAGGAAGGGGAGAAGAAGGGCGAAGCUGCGGCGGUGGUGGUGGCGGCGCCGCCGCAGGCUCAGCCGCAUCCGAUGCUUAUGAUGCCGCCGCAUCUACAACAACCGCAUCCGAUGAUGGGCAUGGUUAUGCCCCACAGGCCAUACUAUCCUCCACCCAUCAACACAUACGGGCAAUACUAUUAUCAGCACCAACCACCACCACCCCAGAGUUCAUACUAUGUUCAACACAGCAUGGAAGAGAAUCCUAAUUCAUGCGUCAUCUGCUAAAUUACCUCGGAUAUAUCAUCGUAUCCCAUCUAGAAGACCAGAACUUAUAUGUAUGUAUGUAUGUAUGCAUAAUGCAUUUCGUCUUCGAUCAAUUUUCACUUCCCCUUUAGCUUGGUGUUGGGUUCUCUUAUUAAUGCAAACCCGGCCUGCCCAGAACGCACCUGUUAAACUUCAUGUAUAUAUUGAGAGACCCGAAUAACAAUUCCGGGUAAUCCGUUUAUCUUCUUCCAAAUAUUAUAUAAUUAUCAUCUUUCAUAUUA